AACAUAAUUAAGGCAACAAUUUUGGUUUCAAGCCAGGCAAGGUUCGACUUUCAGAACUGCUUGGAAGUUGGAACAUCCAUUUGUUUAGGCUCCGCUGUGGACUUUCGACGGCAGGCAACUCUAGCUUCCUCUGAAAUUGAUACAUAUUCACAUAUCUUCCACUCUCGAGAUACUUUCCAGAAAGAAUAACACCCAUUGCUGGAGCGACCGGCCAGCGUUGACCCGUUUCCAUCUCUUACAAGUCUCGCAUCAUGGCCCGAAAUGCCGAGAAGGCGCAAUCCAUGCUCUUCCGCUUCCGAGCGCAAGAAGCCGCCGACCUAGGCAUCCUCGACGUCGGCCGCUCCCGCCGCCCGAAGGCCAUCACCACCAUCGAGUCGAUCCCCGUCUGCGAGAAAUGGCGCGGCCAGGUGCUCAAGGAGAUCUCCCGCAAGGUGUCGAAGAUCCAGGAGGACUCGCUCAGCGACUUCCAGAUCCGCGACCUGAACGACGAAAUCAACAAGCUGAUGCGGGAGAAGCACGUGUGGGAGCUGCAGAUUCGGAAUCUGGGGGGCCCAAAUUAUAUGCGGGGGGGGAGGGUGGUUGACGAUCAGGGGAGGGAGAUCGUCGGGGCGGGGGCGAAGGGGUACAGAUAUUUUGGACGGGCAAGGGAGUUGCCGGGGGUCAAGGAGCUUUUCGAAGCGGUGUCGAGACCGGAGCAGACCGAGGAGAAGCAGACCACCAGGGCGGAAUUGAGGCGGAAUGUGGAUGCGGCAUAUUAUGGGUAUAAUCUCGAUGAGGAAGAUGGAACGCUGUUGGCGUAUGAGUCGGAGAAAGAGAAGGAGGCAUUUGGUGCGGUCAUGGCCCAGGCCGAUGCCGACAAAAAGACCGACUGGGAGGAUAUUCCAGGCGAUGCUGGUGACGGAGCGGCAUGGCGGUUGCCCACACUAGAAGAAGUCCAAGAGGAGAUUGUGGACAGGAAACGGCGCAAGCUGCUGGACAAGCUGGGCUGA